UCGUCUUCAUACACACUGGAGUUCAGUUGUGUCUAGGGUUCCCCAUUUUAGCUGUGCGAUUCAAUGCAAUCAAGCAGAAGAAUCCUUGCUCUUUAAACCACUGGUUACGGAGGUGAAAAAACUAAGAAGAAAGAGGUUGGUGGGCGAUUGCAAAUGCCGGAGGAAGAUUUGAUAGAAGUUAAGUUUCGUUUGUUCGAUGGAUCAGAUGUGGGUCCAUUUCGAUUCUCCCCGGCUUCAACCGUAGCUAUGCUGAAAGAGAGAAUUGUCGCUGAGUGGCCUAAAGCAGAUAAGAAAAUUGCACCCAAGGCGGCAAAUGAUGUCAAGUUGAUAAGUGCUGGGAAAAUUUUGGAAAACAACAGGACUGUUGGUCAAUGUAAGACGCCUUUCGGUGAACUACCUAAUGGUGUGAUUACCAUGCAUGCUGUUGUACAGCCAUCAGUAGGUAAAUCAAAAUCAGAAAAGAAGAUUGAUGAGACUCCGAAGAAAAGUGUGUGCGCGUGUACCAUAAUGUGAGAUUGUAAGUGAUUCAACUUUAAUCCUGUGGUAUUCUUGGGGGGUAAACUGCUGCUGUGAAGUUCAGGGAAAACAGUAUGAUAGUUCAUUGUUACUUGUUUGUUCGUUGAACGGCAUUUCAAUGUAACAGCGUGUCUAUUUGUUUGAAUGAAUUUGGUAGGUGUACAUUUUGUAAUUGCAUAUUUCUUAUACAGAAAUACAGAAAGCGUGCUGGAUUGCAUGCUAUAGGAUUUUACCGACCUCUUGUUAUUCUAUUUUGCGUCAUUAUUAUUCAACUUA